AUGGGAUGCAAUCUUGCCUGUGUGCAGCCUGAACAUUUGUAUGGCCCUGUCGAUUUGGUAUAUGAAGACCAAAGACUAUUUCUCAAUAAAAGACCUCGAGAUUACAACGAGCUUUUUCGAGUAAUUAUGAAUUUCAUUUCUGAUGUAAAAACACCUCAAGACAUAAUAUUAGAAUACAGCGGCCCAGAAGGAAUAAACUCCAUAAUCCAUGAUUUAUCACUACAAGAAGCCUAUAUUUUAUCAACAAACCAGAAAUUAGUCAUUGGUAUCAGACUGUCCUGAAGCUGCCAGAGUCGACUAAGUUCGCCUUUCCAUUCGCUUAUGUAUUCUUAUUCACCAACAUUACAAAGUAAUUUAACUAAAAAGACUGUUUAA